AUGAGGCGCGUGCUCCGUCUCGCCGCCAAAAUGAGCAGUUUGUCUCGUCUCAGCGACGCGCCGAUGUUCUCGCUGCUCACUCGCGCACCUCGUGCUCUGCUUCUGCUCUUGCUCCGCGCUCCGGCCAGCGAGCCCGUGCCAGCCCGUGCCAUUCCGUCUCGACGGCUUCGUCUCACCGACUGCGGUUCCCCAGGUUACAUAAAGAGCGAGCGGCGCAAAAAGUGUGAGCCGAGCCGAGAUGAUGACGCUUUCAUAUCUGACAAGAAGAUAAGAUUUGGAGGCAAGAUGGAUGCAUUAUGGCGUGAAUAA